UUUGGAGCAGAUCGUGCAGGAAGCUGAAGGCAGGGCUGCAGUCUCUCUCCACCUUUGGACACUUGUGUGCUGGCCACGUCUUCCUCCUCUGUCUGAUCACCAUGAUGUCACCAACAUAACCCAUCAGUGUGAUGUUCUUUGGGAUUUCCGAGUGAUCCAGAUCUCUUGGACUAUAUUAUGACAAACGGCAGUGCCGCACCUGACGGAGCGACCCAUGGGCAGACCUUCCCGUCAGAGCUCUAGGAAGGCACAGAGGCAGUGCAAGUCUAACCAGGCGUGAUCCUAGGCCAGCUCCAGGGCCCAGCGGGGCCAGCAGUAGAAGACAGCAGGUGGAGGCGGCAACUUCAACUGCACGAUGUUCCCAGGGGAUCAGAACCCAGAGGACCCGAACUCAGAGGAGCAGUUUUUCUAUGAUCUCAUUUUCAGGCUCUUCAAAGAGAAUAAGGUGGAGAUUGCAAGUGCAAUAACAAAACCAUUUCCUCUCCUUAUGGGCCUCCGGGACCGUGGCUUCAUCCCUGAGCAGAUGUAUGAACAUUUUCAAUAAGCCUGUAGAAAUCUGGUCCCAGUGGAGAGAGUGGUGUAUGAUGUUCUCAGUGAACUGGAGAAGACAUUUGACAAGAGUGUUCUGGAUGCACUGUUCAGCAAGGUUAACCUGAGGGCCUAUCCUGAUUUACUUGAGAUUUGCAGAAGCUUCCAAAAUGUGAUUCAAGACAACUUUCAAUAUCAAAUCACUGAUGAGGAAGAGACAAAGGAGAUGCUCACCUUCCAAUUAAACCAUGAACAAGGUAACGCCCUACCUAGAGCUAGAACCCCAGAGCAUCUCAGUGAUGGACAGCAGAUGAGUACAAGGGAAGCAGAUUCAUUUCGUGACCCACAUGGUACAGUAAGAACCCAGAAAAUGACAAAUGAAUGUGCCCAAGAAUCUGAACAAGCAGUGACCUGUGAAUGCUUACCUCUCCAAAUGAAUAAUGUUAGAGGGUUAGAAGAUAGACUCAGCUUACUGCCAUGUGAUGGACAGGAGGACAGCAAGGCCUGUUGUGAAACUCAUGAUGGAGAAGAGCCUCAGGAAGCCUUGAGCUCCCCACCAAGACAGGGGCCAGUGUCCUGUGAACUUGUAGAUCUACAAAUGGAUGAAGGAGAAGAAUCAGAAGAAAUGCCCAGGUUACUACCUUAUGAUAAAGAAGACGAUGGCAAUGCCUCCUGGGAGACCUGUGAUGCAGAGGAGCCCGACGAAGCCUCAAGCUCCCCACCAAGAUGUGGGCCAGCAUCCUGUGAUUCUGAAGCUCCCCAAACGACCAGUGAAGAAGAACCAGAGGAGGUGCCUAGCCAACUACUAUGUCAUGGAGAAGCAGAAGGCAGCAGUGCCUGUAUAGAAAUGUGUGAUGAAGAAGAGCCACAGGAAGCCUUGAGCUUACCACCAAAAAGUGGACCAGAUAAGGGAGUAUCGAAUGAACUAGAAGCUCUCCAAACGCAUGGAGAAGGAGAAUCAGAGGAGCUGACAUCUAGCCUACUACUCAAUGAUGGACAAGGAGCAGAGCUACCAGCACGUGGAAAUGAGAAGUGUUCCUGCGUUAUGUGCUUCCCAAAAUAUGUGCCAGGACGUCUGGGAGCAAGGACUGGAAGCGGCCAAGCACGUGACAUGAUGGAUACUGUGGAUCUUGGAGACAACUCUACUUUGGGAAAACCCAAGAGGAAAAGAAAGAAAAAGAAAGGGCAUUCCUGGUCAAGAAUCAAAAGGAAGUGGCAGGGAAACACACAUCGAAAAGACAACAGCAAAGCUGCUGGCCGGUUGGUCUCAAGUGGAGACAAGGUGAAAAUGAAUCUACAAGACCCUGCCAAGAUUAAAAGGAAAAUGAGAGGCAAAUAUGCAGUCCACUUAACUGGUAGUCACGGAGCCCCACAGACAAGAAUCCGGCCAAGAGGGUCAAGAAAGUACAGAGGUAAAAGUGUGGAUUUUCGCUCUCAAAUACUCCCUGUGACCUGUGGUCAGCUGAAGGGGACAUUAUAUAAGAAGAAAUUGAAACGAGGAGCCUUGGUGAAGAGUAUACAGCGUGAAGAUGGAAAGUGGCUCACUCCCAGGGAAUUUGAAGUCAAUGGAGGCUUUGCAAGAUCAAAGAACUGGAAGCUGAGUGUGCGCUGUGGUGGGAGGCCCCUACGAUGGCUGAUGGAGAAAGGAUUUCUACAUAAUCCUGCAAGAACUUAUGGCAGGAGACAAAGGAGAAUACUGAAGUCUCACAACAAUGCCUUAGUUGACCCUUAUCCAGGAAACUCAGAUGUAUGUGAGAUGUGCCGGGAUGGAGGAUGGCUGUUCUGCUGCGAUACUUGUUCAAGAUCCUUUCAUAAGGACUGUCAUAUCCCACCUGUGGAAACUGAGCGGAGCCCGUGGAGUUGCUCCUUCUGCAGGGUGAAGGAGUCUUCAGGAAGCCAGCAGUGUCAUGGAGAAUCUGAGGUCCUGGCAAGGGAGAUGGGGCCUGAGGAGCAGUUGAAAUGUGAGUUCCUCCUCCUGAAGGUCUAUUGCCAUUCAGAGAGCUCCUUUUUUGCGAAGAUUCCAUAUUAUUAUUAUAUUAAAGAGGCUUCUCAAAAACUAAAACCCAUGUGGUUGGACAAAAUCAAGAAGAGGCUAAGUAAGCAGGGUUACCCCCAAGUCGAAGGGUUUGUGCAGGACAUGCGCCUCAUCUUUCAGAACCACAGGGCGUCUUACAAGUACAAUGACUUUGGCCUAAUGGGACUUAGACUGGAGGCUGAAUUUGAGAAGAAUUUCAAGGAAGUGUUUGCUAUUCAGGCAACAAAUGAGAACAGCUCACCUGUGUAGUGGAUGCUGGUGGUACCUUGGAAACCCCCCUUGGAGCAGGCUUCUCAUCCUCCAGCUGCUGUGAGGGUUGGCUGCUGAUGCCACCCCUCCCCAGCGUAUUGCCUUCUGCCAAAUGGAGCCAGCUUCAUCUGCACAUUACUCCUCCUCGACCUGGAGCCUGCCCCAGCCCCAAGGUGGAACCAUCUGUGUGGUGUGUGAUUCAGGCUCCUGUGCUCCCCAUGGGAUCAGGCUGGAGCUAGUCUCCAGCUGUGACAACAUCCUUGCUUAGCUUUUCCCAUCACAGUAUCUUGCUUCCUUCACUUCUCCUGAGAGAACUCUCACAAUAAAUCACUUACUUAAGA